AUGAUUCCACUCAUUUUCAAAGACAGCGAUGGAGAUGGGAUUGGCGACUUCAAAGGAAUCACAUCAAAACUUGAUCACUUUGUCGACCUGGGCACAGAAACGAUCCAUAUGACGCCGAUGUUUGAAACAACAGCAAGGGACAUGGGAUACGACAUAACUGACUACUACAAAGUUGAUCAUAGACUUGGUACCAUGAGUGAUUUGGAAGAACUCAUCAGCGAAAUGAAUAAAAGAAAUAUGAAAUUGGUACUAGAUUUGGUAAUCAAUCACAGUGGACAUGAACACGCAUGGUUCCAAAAAUCCAUCGAUCGAAUCGAUCCAUAUACUGAUUUCUAUGUUUGGAAGGAUUCCAAAGGCUUUGAUAACGAAACUAACAAAGAAAUACCACCAAAUAACUGGACUCAAGAUCACGAUCGUUGGAGAGUAGGAUCGCGAAUUUUACCAGAAUAUGGUGAUAUUUUCACAAUGAUAUCAAUGAUGCUACCUGGAACGGUAGGUGUGUAUUAUGGACAAGAGAUUAAUAUGGUUAAUGGUUUUGUCACCGAGGAGCAAAUCAAGGAUUUCUCAGGUGAAGGGCUCAGAGAUCCUAACAGACUUUUGAUGCAAUGGGAUGAUUCUAUGAAUGCUGGAUUUUCAACAAACGUUACAACCUAUUCACCUGUGAAUUCUGAUUACUUUCAAAGAAAUGUUGAAAUGCAAAAAAUACAGCCAGUGGAAACUACUGCAUCCGUUAGAGUGAAUUUAACCAAAAUAUUGAAAAACGGACACGAUGAGAUUACCAUAGUUGCAGCUUCUGUUAACUCGGGAUAUAUGAAAGGAUUUAAUAUAGAACAUGAAUCGCGGGAAGAAUUCUACAUGAGACCGUCAACAAGUGUGGUAUUGGAAACCUAUCAAACUCAUACCGAAGAUGAAGGUUGA